AUGGAAUCGGGCAUCAUCCAAUCUUCAUUGCAAGAAAACCUCAAUAAAUCGUCAAAAAACUCGCAAGCUGUUUCUGAUAACCAAGAAUCAGCUGCAGACUCCAACAUUUUUGUGGAAAAACUAAAGCUGAAGCAAUGUAGUUUUAUUGACAACCUUAAACUCGCAUCCACGUACCUCCAAAAUGUAGACGAAGCGCCUCCACGUCUCGCUGAAAGACUCAGCAAAGAAAUCAAAGUCCUUUCUAGAGGUCUAUAUAUAUUGAAAUGGAGACACGUUUCGGCCUGUCCUCUUGGCGUAAUGGUCCAGACUUUAUGGUCAAAGAAGUGAAACGGAUUUCGAGCUUAGAAUCAAUCCAGCCUCAGCAGAAGUGUAUUCAGGUAGUUUUUGGCUGCUUUCCUGAGGUUGGAAACGGAGGUGUCCAAUGUCCUCUGACCCUUGGUCAUUCUUCUGUUUUGGCCUAGGCCACAGUGAACAGUCUUAUUCCUGUAGCUGCCGAAGUAAGACACUCUAGAAACCCGACAGAAUCCAAAAGUUAAUUCUUAAAUCAAGUUGCUCCAAUCAUCUGUCGACGGGCUACAGAAAUCCAUAAGCUGCCCACUCAAGACUGAAGCCUCAAUACAUACUGUGUCGGCUACAACUAGACCUACUGGGCAGUUGCGCAAAGCGGAUGAACCUCCCAUCCAGGAAGUCUUCGGUGACUGUGUUACCAAUUAGCUAACACCUGUCUUUAUUAGCCUAACCAUUUCUUUCCAGAGGGCUCCCGCUUGAUAAAUCCUGUUCAAUUUUUAUUGGUAUUGACUCAAACCAAAUGCGAUACAUGUCUGGAGUUAUUGCAGGGUCAGAAGGAACUCCCUAUGCUCAUGGGCUUUUUUUCUUUGACAUCUUUUGUGGGCCAGAUUUUCCUCGUUCGCCACCUCAGGUCACUUUAAAAACAACAGGAAAUGGUGAAGCUUAUUUUGGGCCAAAUCUUUAUAGUAAUGGCUAUGUAUGUUUAUCAAUAAUAAACACAUGGUCAGGAGAUGAAUCAGAAAGAUGGAAUUCUAAUAAAAAUAUUCUCCAAGUGCUCUUGUCAAUCCAAGCCCUUGUAAUGGACAAUAAUAUUAUUCAAAAGGAGCCAGGGCUUUAUUAUUUAGAUGUAAACUGUCCUGAUAGUGUAAUCUUUCAAAAUGCUGUAAAAUACUUGAAUAUUAAGUAUGCGAUGAUCAAAAAUAUGAGAACACCGCCAGCUGGAUUUGAGGAACUGGUUCAUGAUUAUUUCCAAUUAAAAAGAGAAUUUAUUUUGAUGGAAAUAAAUCAGUGGCUGGAUAAGGCAAAAAAUGAAAGUCAUCAUUUUUCGCAGCAGUCAAUUGCACAGAGCUAUAACCCGGGGCUUUGUCAGAGAAUGCAUAAUGAAGGGUUUUUUAAGGUGCUGUCUGAAAUUGGAAGAGAGCUGGAAACCGAAUUUGAUGCAAGAUAUGGACCGUGCGAAAUCAAAUUAAAAUUAUAUAAUAGGGAUAAAUAG